AUGGCGACAGCUGACUCUCGACCUGAUGCGAAAGUAACAGGAUCGGGCCCGAUACCAUGUGGAGACCUCUCUAGAUCGACCAUCUACACUAUGAUCCCCUCCGUGGUCCGGUCGAAGAUACCUGUCUUGACCUCCCUCCGACAUACCGCAAGAACGGUUGUGCUUCAUGGCACGAGCGCUCGCAGGAGAGCAUAUAACUUGACUUGCGUCGAGUCUACCAAAGAGAAGGAAAGUUAUGGGUUUGCAUCGACCACCAACUCAAGUGGAUCCACGACACCCACGAUCAGACCAGACAGUCCGGAAGGAAGCGUACCUUCACAAGACCUGACCCUGAGAAUGCUCCCAUCUCUGGAGGCGAGAUCAGGUGUAGACUGGGAUGUUGCUCUCACUGGGGUCAGGUUAUGGGUCAACGCCAAAACCCAGGCAGAGCAAGGAGGGGACCCGGUCGCCCUGCGGAGUAUGCACAUUGACGCAUUGCGGUAUAUGCACAUGGCCCUUCCGUCAGAUCUGACGACGCUCGAGAUCCAAAAUUUGCGAGCUAGCAUGUCGCCUCAACUCAUUUCUCAAGCAGAAAACCUCCCAGAGUAUCGUGCGGAACGACAGCCCAAUAUCCUCCGCCAGGGUGUUGCCCACGCCGUGUGCUGGCUUGUUGCUGGAUUGCUACUUAUCCUGCCCAUUGUCAUGACGCUCCUCAACCGACUUCUCCAGUUUGAGCGGGAUCAUCAAGUCACCGAGCGAGUGCUCGCCAACGGUAUUGAUCUGACUUCCGCUCUUGGUGAACGUGGUGUUGAGCUACACCAAGCGAUAGUUCGCUUCAAGGAUGGUCGCGUGGGAGGCGCCUGUGUGGAUCUUGGAUCGUGGUUUGUAGAGGGGAUUGUCGGUGGUGUCAAUGAUGGCCUCGACGCUGUCGCUCAGAAUCGACGGAAAGCAACCCCCCAAAUAUCCUAG